GAACAGGCCCCAAAAGCUCGACGAAGCUCGAAGCUCGAAGGUCGACGGAGUCGAGGGCGCAUGCGGCGAAAGGAAAGGAAGGCAUGGCGACGCGGUGCCGGAGCUUCGAACGUCGAUCGCAGCGCUGAGUGGAGAUCCGUGCUUUUUUUUUUAGGGCGAAAGGGGCGAGAAAUUCUUUCACCGACGAUGGCGCUCGGUUUCUCGACGAGGUUUGGCGGAGGAUCGAGGCUUAGGUUGCCGAUGGAUUGACUCGGUUGACCGGCCCUCGAUAACGCUGUGGUGGCGGCGAUGGAUCACCUGGCGCCCCCCGGAGCGAUGGGCCAAGCGCCCACUCCCGGUACUGAUAUGACCAACAUAAGUUUCCGGGACCAGUUGUGGCUCAAUCAAUUCCCGCUCGACCGGAAUCUUGUGUUCGACUACUUCUCACUCUCUCCCUUCUACGACAGGGCUUGCAGCAAUGAGCAGCUGAGGAUGCGGCAGAUUCAUCCUCUGGAUUCGAGCCAGCUAACGAAGAUGACGGGAAUCGAGUACAUUUUGCAUGAAGCCCAGGAGCCCCAUCUAUUUGUAAUUCGCAAGCAGAGGCGUGAAGGCCCGGAGAAGACAACUGUGAUGUCUGCGUACUAUGUUCUCGAUGGUUCCAUAUACCAAGCACCACAAUUGUACAGCGUGAUUGGUUCUAGAGCCGUUCGGGCCAUACACCAUAUCUCUGAAGCAUUUUCUCAGGCUGCAGCGAAGCUUGAGAAAAUCGGACAUGAGGUUGAAUCUGGGAAAGCUAAACCCGAGGAUCAAGUUGAUGAGGCUGCACAGAAGAAAGCAGCAGAAAAUCCAAUUGAUUUAAAAGAAGCUGCCCGCCUUGACCAAAUUCUCACUGGCGUAUUUCGAAGGCUACCAGCAGCUCCUCCUCCACCACCCUUCCCGGUUGCGGCUGCAGCUGCAGCAGCAGCAGAUGCCGUCAAGACUGAAGGAGAUGUAAAACAAGAACCUGGAGCAGAUGCUCCAGGUGUAACAGCAGCGGAUCAGGGACCCGCGUUGAAGCGUGUGAAAAUCGAAUAAAGAAAAACUCAAUCAGGAACAUAUUUUUUGCAAGGUGGUGUUGACAAAGGAGGCAUCAUCUAAUGUACCAAACAGGUAGAGUAGAACUCAUAUGGGUCCUACAUUCAGUUUCUGACCCUCAUGACCAUAGCAACUGCGAGUCGAGCAUAAUGCGGAAUUUUUUACUACGACGUAGAGUUCGCCAUAAAGUUCUCGUGGACACAACAAGGUCACGAAAGGGUACAGAUCCCCUGGAUGUAUGUAGCCAAUUACCAUUCAUUAAUCUAUCCGGGAAGCUAUGGUGGCCUUGGAACCAUUUGUCCAGAAAUUUGACCUGUGAAAAAUAUGAUGGAUAUGUUUUGUUAAAGUAACGGAU